CCUAUAUAUACUCCUUUAGGAGGCUACACAACUCAUACAACUCACAAUUCAUUCAACAUUAUACACAUUCUUCUUCUCCAUUACCCUUCUUGAUCAUUCUUCAAUCUCUUCUUAGUGAUAGGAUAUGGGUAUCAAUUAUCCAACAAUGGUGCUCUCGUUGAGAGGUUUGAACACAUCAAGUGAGAAAACCUCCCAAAAACAACCAAAAAAAUCUCCCAAAUCACAAGAAAUCCAGCAAGGAAGUAGUUGUGAAAAUUCAAGAAAAAAUGGAAAAGAAGAAAAUCUGGACUUUCCCAGAUCCGAGCCGCCGUCUUCUGCCACCGCCAUACGCCUGAAGCUCGCUGCGCCAGUUCGAGUUCACCGCGAUGUUCUGAGUGUUGUCGCUCCAGACCUCACACGUCCACCCGAUCGCCGAAUCUGUUCGAAAGAUGGCCAGGGGAUGCACUUCCGAUCUCAAAUGGGAGCAUUUGCUGUAUUUUCCGUCGCCGCUCGCAUCACUGCGCACCGUUUUUUCCGUCGUCACCGUAGGUCGCCGUUACCCAGGCCGUUGAGUCGGUUGAAGCCGGUCUGCCGCUGCUCACCGCCCAUUCCCGGAUCUCGCUGUCGCGAAGUUGCUGCCAGGGUGCUAUCCAGAUCUCACAGCCACGGCUCCGGAUCUCGCUACCACAACUCCAGAUCCCACUGUCACGCCAGGUCCGUUGUAGCUCGACGGCCGCAGACACACAACUUUCUCGCGGAGCUCAAAACUCUUUUUAUCCUCCGCCUAGUUUGCCAUGCCUGUAUUCCCCAAGCCGAGCUUGUUGAAGUCGACGAUCUAAACCUCUCUUAUCGCGAUAACCAGGGACGACGAGGGUGGCCAAGAUGCAUGUGGGACUGUGGAUCCGUAGACCAGCCAGGAGACAUGCGCUCUUCAGCCAGGACGCAUCAGCGACGGAGUGCCGAAGGUCAACCAUGGCUGGUGUCUCUUCCUUCGAUUUCCCUUAAGAUCAAACAACAAUAUGAACAAAUUCACAAUUUCAAUACUUCACGAUUCAACAUGACAAUAAUCAAUAAGUAAAUCAACAACAAAAAAUCUAAAUUCGGUGAUUAAAAGUAAAAAGUUAUAUGAUCAUAUAACUAUUAUGUAGUAACUAAUAAUAUAGUAUUUAAAAAAACAUAGAUUGGAGAUUUAAGGGUGAUGCACCACAGGUAGAGUAACAGAAUUGUAGAUUUGUACAAGUCUCCCAUGUUUUGACAAUUUGUUUACCAUUCUUCUUACUCGGCCUAACUGGCUGGAUGAAAAUACUAGAUAGGGCCAAAAAUUCGGCCUAUUCAAUCUUACUUUAACACAUAAAUAUUGGGCCUAAUUUUCUUUUCAUAUUUUUUGGGCCUAGGGCCAUCGCCCCUGCUGCCCUCCCCCAGGGCAGCCCCUGAACACACAAUAUUUAAUAAACUAAUAAAUAUUCAUUUAAAUUAAAAAUAGAAAAAUAAAGCAUUAAUACCUAAAAUAUUUUAUAAUGCAUAAAUAAAAAGAACUUAAGUUGGAAGUUUGAUUGGAGAAAGAAAAAAUAAACUAAAACAUUUAAUAAUAUUUUAUAUUACUCCGUAUAAAUUUUCAUAAUAAUUGGAUAUAUAACAUCAAAGUAAGACAUUUUUUACAACCAAGUAAAACAUUUUUAAAGAAAUAAAGAAAAACAAAGAAGAAACCAACCACCAGUGCACUAACGAAAAAAUUAAAAGAAAAAGACAAAA